AUGCUGGGCGGGAAAUAUUUGAACCUGAAAUUGUUCAGCGAGAAGAAGAACUCCCUGGCGAGCACCACCACAGAAGAAUCCCGAGGCAGCCACAGCAGCGGCACGCAAAAUGAGGGGGGAGGCCACGCCCACAGGUAUAGCAGAGACAAGAGAAUAAUUCACGAAGGGUGGUUAAACAAAUGGACAAACAUCAUAGGAAGUUACAGACCAAGAUACUUCGUGUUGGAGAAUGGAAUACUAAGAUACUCCAUAGAUAAAUUUUCGCCAACGAAGGAGACCUUUGGUUUAUCGCAUUGCAAAAUAAAAGUUUGCCCUGAUGACCCACUGCACUUUGAAAUUGAUACCACUGAGCAGGGCGUCCUCUACUUGAAGGCAGACUUUCCAGAAGACAAACACAAGUGGUACAUAUCGUUUAAGAAGGCACAACUGAGUUACCUACACGGGAGGCAUAACAAGAAGGGGUACAUAGACGUCAACAAUUUUAAUGUAUCCACCAACUCGGAGUUCAUAUGGAAAAUCAUAAACAACACUAAUGACUUAUGUAAGAGUCGGACAAUCAGCUCGGUUGGGGAGGAGAAAAAAAGUGUGAAAAACCACACCGAUCAGGACGGACAAGGGGUGAACUCACCAAAUGGAAAGACAGAACAGACGGGCAAGCUGGACAAAACUUCAUCCUGUGUCAUACUGGACAGCACAGAAGGAACGGUAAAAACGCAGGGAAUGAAAAACAUCAACCUAGACGAUGUGUUCAUCAGCUGCACCGAUUUCGAAGACAAAAGUCCAACUCUCUGUCUUAUGGAAAAUAUCGUGUCGUUAAAGGAAAUUACGAGAGAUUUGGUAAAAAAUUCACAACUUAGUGAAGCGAACUCCAUUCUGAGGAAGAUCAAAUCGGAGUCCAACUGCAACGUAAACUGUGAUACAGUGGGGCCUGUGCUCUACCAGCUGUCCAACUCAAUCGACUGCAUGGAUGCCGUCAUUGAAAAAUACAUCAGCUGCACGGAGAUGCUCCUGAAAGAGGAAAACGUCCAGUUGAAAUGCAUGAACAAAUCUUUGAAAUUACUGGCCAAGCAAAAUUAUUUCUUGGAGAAAUCACAGGACAAAAAAAGCUUUAGUGAUUUACAAGAUAAGGUAAGAAAUCACUUCGAGAAAUUUAACUUGUACGUGAAUGAUCAGGAGAGUGAGGAGGAAGAAAAUGAGGACAUGUUUUUCGACUGCGAUGAUGAGUCAUUUUGUGAGGAGGAAAAUGAUCCCUCCAAUGUUGCUCCAUCUGGUGACCCGCUUUCCAACGAAGGGGGGCAGCGGAGGGAUGCCAACUCUGGGGGAACUUCCGAAAAACGUCUUCCUCUUGGAGGAUCACCGGAAGAGGGGAACAAAUCGGAGGAGGAGAAGGAAGAAGAAGAAGCGCCACCACCGGAAGGGUCAUCCAUCCGUCCAUCAAUGCUCCAUACAAAUGAAACAAAGACGAGUGUAACGACAUGGGAACACUGCCAGGAGGAUGCACACACGGAAGGGAAUGUCGCCCCUGUGGAGAGCCACACCAACGAAACGGACGACACAGACGAAAACGACUUGCACUUAAUCCAACUGUGCACGGAAGGAAAUAUAAAGUCCCUAAAUUUUAACCAAAUUGAUAUAUACACAGACAACAAAAUUAAGAGGAGGACUAAACUGCCAAGUCCGCGAACAGACAUAAAAAUUAGCAUGUGGUCCCUGCUGAAGGACUGCAUCGGGAAGGAUCUCUCCCGCAUAGGGAUGCCCAUUUAUCUGAAUGAACCCUUCUCAUUUUUGCAAAGACUGGCAGAAGAUUUCCAAUACGUGUAUCUACUCCAGCGCGCUUCUAAAGAAAUUGAAAGUACUAGUAGGCUUGCCUACGUGACGGCCUUUACCAUAUCUCCCUACGCUUCCGUCAUCGGUCGAACGUUUAAGCCAUUCAAUCCCUUGUUAGGCGAAACGUACGAGCUGACGCACAGGAAAUUCUUCUUCGUGUCGGAGCAGGUAGUCCACCACCCCCCUAUCACAGCAUACCACUGCCACAAUGAGUACAUGAGAAAUUUUGCCAGCAUAAGUGUGAAUGUACAAAUUUUGGGAAAGUCAGUCGAAGUCACUAUUCCAGGGUCCAGUCACCUCAUCCUUAGGUACCAGAAGGGGGGGAAUUCUCCAAGGGGAGGAGGAAGGUACACGAAGAAAUGUACACGUUUGGGUAGGAAUCGUUUUUUUGUUUCCACGGAGGAUGCCAACCUGGACGAAUGUGAAGUGCGGACGUGCGCCUCCACCAGGGGAAACAGGCAGGGAAGUGGUACGCACAGUGCACACUUCGCCGAAGAUGGGGCCAAUCCGAAUAGAGGAGAUCCACAGAACAGUGCCCCCUUGCCAGGCGCAGACACCCCCGAGUACGCACACGAGCAUUACACAUAUCAAAGAGCCAACAUGAUAAUCCACAACAUCAUUUUUGGGAAGUUGUGGGUCGAGCUGCAUGGAAACGUACUCAUAAGAAAUCACAACAAUGGGGAUUUCUCCAUCGUCCGUUACAUUCGCAAGGGAUGGUUUGACAACGAAAUCCACAAGGUAAGAGCUGUCGUAUGUGAUCGUUACAAAAAUAUAAUUUUCUAUAUAUACGGAAAAUGGUCACAAGAAAUUAACGUAGCUUAUGUGAAGCAUCUAAAAAAACAGGAAUACGAUUCGUACUUUUUCAAUGCUGAUGGGUCCGAAAAUACUAGCCACUUUAACAGAAAUGCUUUGAAUGAUUUUAUUGGAAACGUUGACUGGCAGUUUUAUGAGAACAAUGUAGAUCUCCUAAACGGAGUGUGUGUGUGGAGGGCCUCCAAACGGCUGAAACACAGUGAAUUAUACUACGGGUUUAACAAUAUGACCGUGGAAUUGAACGAAAUAACUCCCGAAUAUGAUCCAUCCAAGGGGGCGGCUAUUGCCUGCACGGACAGCAGAUUCAGGCCCGAUCAGAGGAGUUACGAAAAUGGAAAUAUUGAAAUUGCCAUGAGUGAAAAACAGAGACUUGAAAACAAACAAAGAAUGAACUCGAAAAAAUACGUGGGGAAAGACUCCUACAAGCCGAAAUGGUUUUACAAGCAUAAGGACCCCAUUUAUAAGGACAGGGAUAUGUACCUCUUCAACAAUGAGUACUGGGUCGCGAAGGAGAAGGGACUCUUCACGGACACGCCCGACAUAUUCUGA